GAUACCGCAGUGACUUGUGAGCGGGUGGGAUGUAACGGAGCCAAUUGCAUUGGGGUUGAUAGCGACGAGAUUGAAUGAGUAAUGCGGAGUCAAACUAUGAGGAGUAAACAAAUCCAAGGCGAUCGCCUGUCUCUCACUCUUAGAGUCGUUCCUUCUUGCCCGCUCUUUGGCUUUCAAAAGUCUUCAAUCCCGCGCACCAGAACUACGCCGAUAGGACGGUCAGCAGCUUCGCCUAUCACGCCCGAACCAGAGGGUCAGCACAUUCCAGAUGGAGGUCAUGAAUGCACCCCACGAACAUCAGCUCGGCCAGAGUGAUGCACAAGACAGAGCUCGAGCCUACAAGAGCCGGAACAAGCGACCUUGUGACUUCUGUCGUUACAAGAAAGCAGCCUGCCACCUCGAGUCCAAACCACCUUGUGAGCUCUGUGUUCGAUAUGGCAAAGACUGCACCUUCGUAGAGUCUCCAGCCAAGCGACGUCGUCCCAAUGAAGAUCGCCCUCGAGAGUCAUUACUGCCUCCGAGUAGUACCUUUGACCUAGGAAGUGACCUUCUGAGUUGGGAACCUUUGCCUUCCUUCAUGACCGCAAGCUUGCCCGGUGGCUUGCCCGGAGAAUUCAAGUUCGAUACCCCAAUGUUCGAGCCUCUGAUGUUUGAGCAGUUCGACCCAGUACAAGCAGGCCUAGCACCACCGUCAAACCACACCCCAGAAUCCAUUCCGAUGGAAUAUUUUGACAACGCUCAGGAGCCUUCGUUAGACGCACAAGGCUCAAGCAACGCACAAGUCAUUGGACUGAGCGGCGAGUCAGAUCCGUAUCUACUUCGUCAAUAUCAGUAUGAUGGAAACAAUGAAUGCAUCUUCCAACAACUACGCCUUCGGAGAGUUGGAGACAAUGACAAGAUCCCCGUGCACUUUUUGAUUCAGCAGAAUAAACUAGCUGCAAAAGCUCAACCUGCCGAGGAUCCAGCUACAUUAGACACUUUUAGAAGGGAGGUCAAAGAGAUGGUGAAUGAUGAUGUUGGCAAGAGACUCAUCAAAUUGUUCUUCCGCUUCGUCCAGCCAUAUUUCCCUAUCCUCUCUCGAGAGCGUAGCAUGAGCAACGGCGAGUACGAUCCCGACUGCUUCCCUACCUGGUUACUUGCUGCAGUCUAUGGUCACGCCUUGCCUUUUUGUAUCUUUGACGAUCAGCUCUGCGUCGAAGUAUACACUCCGCCUUCGACCGAUUCUCUGUUCCGGAUUGCUUGGUCGGCUACACACCCGAACUAUCACACGCCUUCGCUAUCUGUCGUUCAGACGCUCCUCCUUCUGGUUCAGAGAAGACCGACCAACAAGCACGUUGCGGAUACGCCGGUCAAAUGGACGAUGGUCACGGAUGCUGUUUCUAUCGCGCAAUCGCUAGGACUCAACCUCGACCCUACAGACUGGCCACUACCACUAUGGGAGCAGAGACUGAGGAGACGACUUGCUUGGGCUGUGUUUACCCAAGAGAAGUGGAUUGCUCUGAACACUGGAAGGAGUUCGCAUAUAAUCUCGGACGACUGGGACGUCAGUGAACUGACCCAAGAUGACUUCGAAUUCGCGGAAGGAUGCGACGACAGAGCUUACUCGGAACAUUUCAUACAACUAUCUGUUCUGACAGAGACCGUGGAUGAUAUCUUACGCAACCUGUUCUCUAUCAAGGCAACAAGGAAACUCUGCACCUCUCUAGACGCCACACUGGAGGUAGCCAAGCCACUGCGAGUGCGACUGAGUCAAUGGUAUCAAGAGCUUCCGCCAGAUCUUCUUCCGACUGCAAGGGCUGGAAAGGGCCAUGAUCUGAACGGACAAGGAGGGCUGCAUCUAGCCUAUAUCACAGCGAAGAUUCAACUUUUCCGAGCCAUGUUCCGGCCAAUGAGCGAGCCAGGCACGCAGGCAACGAACGCUCUGCGUACAGGUGCGAUAGCAGUCGGAAGAGAGUUAUUCGAGUUCCUUGAAAGCUUGGAUGCAAACCAUAUGGAAGCAUUCUGGCCAUCGUACUCAAGGACAAAUUUCGCGAUUGCGAGUAACUUUAUGGUCUUGCUUUUCGCCACCUCACCGAGUGCCGCUGACGCCAAAGAGUGUCUGAAUCUGCUCAACUCAUGGCGGAGUCUGUUGCGCAUCAAAUCUCGCAGCUGCAAUCUGCUGAAUCUGGCCCUCUUGCGUCUUGACGCUUUGUACGUGGCAGGACUGGAUAAAUUGAUCAACCUUUCACCUUCGGCCUUGCAAACUUUCCAGGAGCAAGUUAAAUAGAUAGACUAUUUUCUGACUUGUCUUUAAUAAACACGACUUGAUGACAUGAG